AUGGCGUUAACCAAGGAUCAAGUUACGAAAUCGAAGUUGAGACUGGACUCCGUCCGAUACCCUCCUGAGAUCGGCGAAGACCUCUACAUGGCUUCACCCGAAGUAACCCAUCAGCUUCACUGUCUAAACUUUCUACGUAAAGCAACAUACGGAGAAUACUACAAAGACAAAUCUGGAGAAUGGACUGAUAGCCCCGCUACGACCCGAAUCCACCUGGAUCACUGCAUUGAGAUGCUUCGCCAAGUUCUCAUGUGCAACGCGGACGCGGGGGUCCUCACUAUGAACUGGGUUGAAUCGCAUUCACAACCGUACCCCAACUUUAACACAUGGCACAAGUGUCGCAAUUUUGACAGCGUCAUGGACUGGGUGCGUGGUUCGGCUCUUCAGCUCGAAAAUUCGGAAAACGCGACCGUUUGGCCGCAAGUUCCAGGUUCUGUUGUUCUUGCUAGACCACCGUAG